ACUAGGGCGGGAGGGGCGGCGGCGGAGACGGCGAGGAGGAGGAGGAGGAGGAGGAGGAGUAGGAGGAGGAGAGGCGGCGGCGAGGGGAGGAGAGCAGAGGAGGCGCUCCGGUCGCCGCCAGUGGGCAGCGGAGAUCGCGCGUGGCCCUGGCGAGGGACAGCGGGCUGCGCUCGGCGGGGCCAUGGGGACCCGCGCGCUGACGAUGCCGGGGUGAGAGCGCAUCGGCCGGCGCCUCCACCAUCCGCGUCCUGCCUCAGCCUCUGCCUGUCGCUCUCUCUGCAUUAUUGUUUCCCACUCUGCUGAGGAUGUUGUCGGCUGAUGAUUAGGUCGGAAGCCAGUCAGCUCUUCCUCCAAAGCCCGGUAAUGUUUCUGUAGGCGAGAGGAGAGAGAGGGAGAGGGAGAGGGAGACAGGGCCAGGGAGGGACGCGGACCCCGACGCUUCAAGUCAAUGCAUAUUGUGGUGGCCAGACCCAGGCGCCCUCACGGUGGAGACGGCCAGGGCUGCGCGUUCCCGAAAUAUGACCAGCGGUGCCUGGAUGUGUCGGCAGUGUGACGACGGCUUAAAGAUCUGGUUGGCGGCACCGCGGGAGAACGAGAAACCGUUCGGCGACUCGGAGAAGGCUCAGAAAUGGCGCCUGUCCCUGGCGUCCCUCCUGUUCUUCACCGUCCUGCUCUCUGAUCACUUGUGGUUCUGCGCCGAGGCCAAGCUGACCCGCACCCGGGACAAGGAGCAGCAGCAGCAGCAGCGCCAGCAGCAGCAGCAGCAGCAGCAGCGCCAACAGCAGCAGCAGCAGCAACAGCAGCAGCAGCAGCAGCAGCGCCCGCAGCGCCCGCGGCCGCCGGAGCCCUCCUGGCCCGCGCUCCCGGCCGGCAUGGGGCAGGCGGCUCCCGGCGCCCCGACCCCGCGCCUGCUCCCCGCCGCCGCGUCCCCCACGCUGCCCCCGUCCCCGGGCGGCGGCGGGAGCGGCCGAGGCAGCAGCCCCCGGAGCAAGCCCCCUUUUCCAGGGAACUCUGCCAAGCCCGGAUGGCGCCUGGAGAGCUGCUACCCCCAGGGCGCGUCCUUGGGCCAGUGCUUCACGGUGGACAGCGCGGACGCCGUGUGCGCCAGGAACUGGAGUCGGGGGGCGGCGGCCGGGGGGGCACAGGGGCGGCGGCCGGGGGCCUCGCAGGCGGCCCCGCUCUGGAACCUGUCGGAUUUUUACCUUUCGUUUUGUAAUUCCUACACACUCUGGGAGCUGUUCUCCGGUCUGUCCAGCCCCAGCACUUUGAACUGCAGUCUGGAUGUAGUGCUGACGGAGGGCGGGGAGACGACCACAUGCAGGCAGUGCGUGGAAGCUUACCAAGACUACGACCACCAUGCGCAGGAGAAGUACGAAGAGUUUGAGAGCGUGCUGCACAAAUACUUGCAGUCGGAGGAGUACUCGGUGAAGUCGUGUCCCGAAGACUGUAAGAUCGUCUACAAGGCCUGGCUCUGUUCCCAGUACUUUGAAGUCACGCAGUUUAACUGCAGAAAGACAAUUCCUUGCAAGCAAUAUUGUUUGGAGGUGCAGACGCGGUGUCCGUUCAUCCUGCCCGACAACGACGAGGUCAUCUACGGGGGCCUCUCCAGCUUCAUCUGCACAGGGCUCUACGAAACCUUCCUAACCAAUGAUGAACCAGAGUGCUGUGACGUCCGGAGACAGGAGCAGUCCACCCCCCCACCCGGAGGGUCGGUAGAGAGAAGGGACAGCUGUCAUAGGACAUCGCUCACAGUGUCCUCCGCCACGAGACUGUGCAGCGGGAGGCUCAAGCUGUGUGUCCUUGUACUGAUUCUGCUGCACACGGUGCUCACGGCCUCGGCUACGCAGAGCACUGACUGCCUGGGUCUGGGCCGCAUUACCACGCUGGACGACAACUCCGCCAAGGAAGAGUGACCCGAGCCGCAGCCAGCCCUGGCCCACCUGAGAGAGAGACGCAGCCGCUGUCCGAGGAGCAGAAGCUGGGUGCUUUUACCCUCCAGUUACUUCUCGCGAGGUCUUUAGGGUAAAACUUCAAAAAGAUGGGCCUGAUUCCAAACGAGGACACACACACCGCAGCUUUCUAUUGACGGGAAGGCUGCCAAGGGACUUCGAUUUCUCACGCCAUUUUAUACACUGUGUUUUAAUGUUUGGAGGUUUUCUUUGCUUUCGUUCCGGUCUGUGUUUCUUCAUUUGUUUUCUUUUAUUUUUCUGCACUUGUUAAUUAAUACGGGAUUUAUUUGGGGGAUGGUUUCUCAGAGCUAAACCGAGUCUUCUCAGCGUCUGUAUGGCUCUCUCUUUCUAGCCAUUGUGUGUUCAUCGAUUGCUCUGUCUUUAUGUCCUGUCAGUUUCUAUUAGAGGAAUGACUGCUGUGACCUCGUGGUACAGCAGACAACAACAACAACAAAAAGAAUAAAAAAGAAAAAAAGACAAAAAAAAGAGAAAACAACAAAAAAUACAAAUAAAAACUCCCCUAAGUCUGUCCCUAGACCCCACUCCCUCCCUGGCUGUCCUUCCGGUCCCCCUGCAGCCCCGACACACACAUCCGCUUGGUUGUGCCUGUGGAGGCACGGUGGCGGGGCGGGUGUGCCCCAGACCCGCACACGGACAGCAAGGCUGGCGGGCGCCUUGCAGCUGAGCGGACGGGACGCCCUGUGACCUCGGAAUCAGACCGCCCUCGCAUUCUUAUGUUGAAAGGGGGAAGAGGGACAAUUUGUCAAAAGCCCUCAUGCACAGAGUUGCUCUGGUCUCAUUCCCACGCACCCCAGUCCUUUCCUACUGGCCGCCUAGGCAGGAGGCCCCAGCCUGCACAGGGGACAGGGAGUGGCCCCAGGACGCAGGGAGGCUCUGCCCACUGUGAGGUCGGCUCUGGUCACCUGGGAGCACAUUUUGGCCAUUGCCAUGAGAACAGAGGCCCAGGACACAAACCCAGACUUCUCUGGCUCCUGUGUCAUGGUGGAAGAUUCUAGAACUGCUCAAACAUCGGCAGGACGGAGGAUAGACACAGUUUCAUCCCAGUAUUUCCCCAGUACAGGGUUUUAAAUUACUCCAGGUCUAAACUGUAUGCAAUUCUGCAUCAUCACACAGGAAAAACUUCUUUUUGUAAAAAAAAAAAAAAAAAAAGAUCAGCCGUUUUUAUUACCGCGAAAAAACUUUAUCA